CUGUUUUUAUUUCAGGUGCCAAUCGAAGAAGCUGAACCAAUUCCACUACAGCAAGUAACAGUGGCGCCCCAGCAGGUGCAACCAGUUCCACCGCCUCAGCAGUCAUUCGUUGACUCUGCUCCUAAUGCACUUGAUGCACCAAGCGAUACGCCAUCUACUGCGCUGGGAACAGGCUCUGUUGGAAGCGCGGAACCCGUUUUUCCUGCUUACGGCAGAGGUGGUUCGAACUGCUUCUCAGGCGAUACCACUGUCCGAACAUACGACGGAAGAGAAAUUCAGCUGCAGCACUUAAAUUCAUCCGAAUGGGUUAUGACCAAAUACAAGAAUGAGAUAACAUUUGCACAAAUAACAUCCUGGCUGCACAGACUGCCAGACAAAGAAGUGAAUUUCUAUCGUAUCAUCUUGAAAGACGGCAGUCAGCUGAAGCUCACUGCAAAGCAUUACAUCUACAAAACAACAUGUGAUAAUCUACUUGAGCAAAAAGUGGAUUUUGAAACGAUAGAAGAUGAAGCUGAAUGGGCAACGAACGUGAAUAUUGGCGACUGCUUGUACAGAGUAAGGAAUGUCGAGGUGAAUUUUGCUGAACAAUUAUUGAAGUGA